AUGGCGGACGAGGAAAAUAAUCCAGGAGCAGAUGUAAAUGUAUUUAUAUUAAACGUUGCUAGCGCUGAUGCAGCCGAUAUAUUAACUACAAGCAACGCAGAGUCUACUGUUUCAGCUGAAAAGAAAAUAGAAGAACUCCACUGCGAAGAAACGCUACAAUUGUGGCUGGAAAAGAAUUCACUAGCGAUCUUUUUUGACAACAUGAAGAAGUGCGGUUUGACAUCCAUCUCACACUUGGAAGAUAUCACCGAAGGAGAUGCUGAAUCAGAUCUUGGGAUGACUAAGUUCCAAGCAAGACGCCUCUUACGAUUAUUUAAUGAAUGGAAAGCGCAGAGAAACCAUGAAAAGAAAGGAAAUAUACAGCAAUCUACUGUACAAGCUUUCCUGCACUUGUUACGAAUAACAAAGCUGUUGUUGUUCACCUGCCGCCCGCGUUUCAAGGGUUUGUAG